AUGAAUAUUUCUACUGAUUUUGGACCAGACUCUGGUGGGAGAGUGAAGGGGCUUACUAUAGUGAAACCGGUAGUUUAUGGUAAUGUGGCACGUUCGUUCGGUAAAAAGCGCGAGGAAGACGGUCAUACACAUCAAUGGACGGUAUAUGUAAAGCCUUACAAGAACGAAGAUAUGCACACGUAUGUAAAGAAAAUUCACUUCAAACUGCACGAGAGCUACGCGAAUCCAAACCGUAUUCUGACGAAACCGCCAUAUGAAGUUACUGAAACUGGUUGGGGUGAAUUUGAAAUUGUGAUCAAAAUUCACUUUCAUGAUCCAACGGAACGGCCGGUUACCAUGUACCAUAUAUUAAAGCUCUUUCAAUCACCUAUCCUGGACGGUGAAGUAUCUACGCAAAUAGAAGGAAAAAAGGGUCUCGUAUCGGAACAGUAUGAAGAGAUCGUGUUCCAGGAGCCUACACAGCUAAUGCAACAACUACUGACGAAUGUACAACCCGUCUCAACCGGUACAUGGAAACAUGAUACAAAUUUCGAAGAGAAGAAAGUACAAGCAUUGGAAAACAUUAUAGAAACGAAGGCCAAAGUCAUAUCUGAAAUAGCUUUACUAAAAGAAAAACUUAAACUUGCGAGAGAAACGAUUGCAAAAUUUAAAACUGAAAUGUCUAAGGUGCAAGGACAACAGCCAGCAACGUAAAAUGAAUCAUUUCAGUUGGAUAUAGCAUAAGAAUAAGCUGACAUUGAAUUAAUCUUGUAUUUUAUGUAAUAAACGUUAAAAUAAAUC